CAGAUAGUUUGUUAUUUUCUUUUCUAUCCUUUAUUAUUAUUAUUAUUAUUUUUUCUAUAAUACUACUACGUGCUCGACCGAAAACUGACGACGGCGACAAGUGAGUGUGUGCGCGCGCGUUCUCUCCCCAGUCACUGUACCCGACCGACCACCACUGACGACUCUCGCGUCCGUGUGUGUGUGUACGUGUUUGUAUAUGCGUUUGUAUGAGUGUGCGUGUGUUUUGUUAAAUCAAUUGCCCUGUUCACGUUAUCGCUCCGUUGUCGUCGCCGUAAAUCUCUUCGUUUUUAUUCGUUCCCGUAGCCGUUUGACGCCAUCGCCGUCACCGACAGUUCACCACGGCCAGAUAAUAUUCGAUCGCAGAGCAUCGGUCCCGGCGGUGAUGUCGUACGCUAGAGGCACGGACGAUACGACGUCUACUGGGCAGACGUCGCCGCCGCCGCUAACCCGUCCGCGCGUCUGAUCGCCAACGAUAAUAGUAUUAUUCUCUCACGCGCAAUCGUGUUCUGCCACCGUACGGGCCAAUGAUCCAAGCUCACGUCUCGUGAUAUUAAUAUUAAUAUAUAUAUAUAUAUAUAUUACUUGGCUUUUUUUUUGUGUGUUUUUAUUAUUAACCCACCAAAUAGUUCAUUUUCGAACGAUGUGACGAGCAGAGGAUUCUACCGAUAUUUGUUUUCCGUUCGCGAUGACCGGCCGACCGGCGUUCGACGGGUCCAAGUUUGUUGUGUGCCGGACUACUGACGUGUCGUGAUAACAUGGAAACGGAUAUUAAGCAGCAGCGUAUCAAACGCAGUAAGCGCCGUGAACGGGCUCAGCGUAUGCACGCAAAGAAACAUGAGCUGGACAGUGGCGAAGAGGACGAACUGUCCACAAAAGAAAAGGCUCAGAGGCCUCCGCCGCCGAACCGCAGRAAAAAGAAGGAAACKACACUGUUUGACGAAGACGUUGUCGAUGGAUUUGCUAUUCUUUCUUUCAAGUCGUAYGAAGAUCUUGAAAAUUGUGUGCAACAAUGUUUGGUGAAGAGCGCAGUGACUCUUGGGUUAGAUCCAUCAUCUCAAGGCUUUUUACAUCGGAAUCAUCAUAAGCAUCACCGAAAUCAUGCACAUAACCACAAUAACAAUAAUCAUCACCACGACAGUAAUUCCAGUACUCCAGUCACGCCAGUCAAAACAGAAUAUAAUGUUCCCAGUCCUCCGACAACACCUAAUAAUUUUAAUCAUAAUAAGGAUUCUUCGUCGUUGGACUUAAAGCAUGACAGUGAAGGUGGAGACAAUGAUGCUUCUGUUGUGCAUUCAAAUUCUGUUCAAUCCUUUAAAAGACCAUCUGGUAAUAAGGUAUCUACUUCUUCGCUUAGUCAGAGUGGUCAAAGACGAUCAAGUUCGAGGGAACGAUUCAGUGAUGCGAGUAGCAAUUGUAGUUCAGGCAGAGGAUAUAUUUGUGAUAGUGAAGACGAGGGUGAUAAGGGUUCAGAUAAUUCUGAUCUCUUCAGGACCAGUUUGGUUUCUAGAAAAGAUGAAUUACCAGGAAGAAUUUCUUCUGAACCUACCCAGAAUUUACCUGCUACGGUUUCUAAAGAACCUAUAUCAAUAACACCACCCGGUCGUCAACCUACUCCUCCAUUAGUUAAUGGUAUAGAGUUUGAUAAUCAUUCGACGUCUGAAACAACAACAGCAUCUACGACUCAUAUAAGGCCCUCACAAAAUUCCAUGUUACCACCUCCUUCAACUACUCCUCAAGCUCUACAGGUGUCUCAACCAAAAUGUCCAUCUCCUACUAUACCUCCACCAUCCACGCCACCUACUACACCUAAACCGCAAAGUACACGUGUGAAUGGACAUGAACUUUCGACGACUCCUGCUACAGUAACAUCGAGGUAUUCCCCAGUACCAUCUUCAGGACUCAAUAGUCCUAGGAAUUUUUCAACAAAUCCGGUACCGCCUACGAGUGCGUCGCCAUACCAAACACCACCUCAAGCGUGUCCAUUGUCUUUGAGCAUAACAAAUUCUUACAUAACUCCUUCAACAUCUCAACAUCCAGUCUUAUCCCACGCUGCAUCGAAUUACAUCCCAAAAUCUACUAAUCAAACACCUUCUCCUCACCAACAUACUUCUCCUUAUGUGCAAAAACCAAACAUGAUAUACCAUCCACCUCACGGUUCCCCUUAUCCCUCGCCUAAUUAUCAUCCUAGUCCAUAUAAAUCUACCCCGUCAUUAUUGGCUACAGUGUCUAGUGCAUAUAUGCCAUAUUCUACCCCCCAGUCAUCCACAGUGACUGUAUCUGCUUCUUCGACGAUUCCUAGCACAUCCAGCAGUCCGAUAACAAUGACAACGCCAGUAAACAAUUUUAGCUCUCCAUACCAACCUCCUGUACAUCAACAACAUUAUCCACCGUUGUAUGCUCCAUACAGAARUACACCAUAUAUGCCAUCUGCGCUAUCAAAUGCAGCCAGAUUAAGUCGAACUUCUCCAAUGUCUGUGAUAUCAACAAAAUCAAGUGUUGUGACUGCACCUCAUCUUGUUGCACCAACAGUUGCUGCUGCUUCUACUUCUACUACCACUACUACGUCAAUUUUGAGUGGACACGCUGUGUUAAGUAGAGGGCAGUCACCACGAGGACCAAGUCCAAACAGAGAUCGUGAUAGUUAUAUUUUAAACCGAAGUAAUGGCCCUCCGAUAAAUUCUCCUUCGUCAUUCAAUACUUCAUCAUUAGUAUURCCUCCUGCCGCUACUCCAACAUUAGCACCUACUGUUUCAUCUUCAGGACCUUCUAGUCUUGUAUAUAAUAAGCCACCAUUGUGGGGUCCAAUGGGAAACAACAGUAUUGCGACAUCUACAAUGGCAAAUAUUACUCGACAACAUCCAUCAUCAUACCCCCCUCCGUUAUUUUCUUCGCCAGUAUCUACCGCUACGUCACAAUCUUCUUCUUUACCAUCAGCACCACCUGCUCAUAAUCCCUUUUCCGCUGAAUCUUUAUUUCAAUCAAAUCAAGCUGACAUGUUAAGGAGAGAACUAGACUCGAGGUUUUUAGCAUCAUCACAAGAAAGAUCUUUGGCUGUUGGUGCACCAUACUUACGGACAGAAAUGCACCAUCACCAGCAUCAACAUACCCAUGUUCACCAACACACAGCAACACCACUAAUCCCUGCUGUAGCUGCAACUGCUACAACUAUUCCAAGUGCUUCAACAAUACCUCCAGCACCAACGUCGGCGUUAUACCCUCCUCCUCUGUUUAAAGAUAUACCCAAAUUGGGAGGAGUUGAUUCACCAUUUUAUAGGCAGAAUUUGUUGUCUGGUAGCUAUCCAGGAUUUACACCAGGCCUAUUACAUUCGUCAAUGGGUCACACACCAUUUACUCCACCUAAUCAUAUGCCGACAUUUACACCAAAACAGUUGACUGAUACAUCUAAGCCUACAAAGUCAAGUAAACCUGGAAAAUGGAAUGCAAUGCAUGUGCGUUUAGCGUGGGAAAUUUACCAUUAUCAACAAAAACAACAAGUUGCAGAAACCAAAAAUGUUGCAAACAAUCCGGUGCCAAAGACUGAAUUAUUAAGGCCACCCACACAUUUAUUUCCACCUAGUCGACCACCUCACGAUCUCUCUCCUUUUACAUCGCCUCAUCAUCAUCAUCAUCCAGGAUUGCCUCCUGGCUAUCCACCUAUGGGUCCUGCAGCAAUGUUUACAAGGUAUCCUGCAGGAUUUCCACCAAUAUCCUCAUUCCCACCCAAUCCCAUGAAUGAUCCAUGGGCUAGGUUACAGCCUUCUCGUGGACUACCUACACAAAAUUCAAUGUAUGGCCCUUCUGGAGGUUGGCCUAUAAAACCAGAUCCUGUAGAAACAGAACGAGUAGAACAACAACAGCGAGAACGUGAAAGAGAGCGAGAGCGUGAACGUGAACGUGAAAGAGAACGUGAAAAAGAAAGGGAAAGAGGUCGAGAACGAGAAAGAGUGAAACGAGAAGAAAAGAGAAGACACAUGAUUCAGCAGCAGCAAUUGCAGCAUCAACAACAACAGCAACAGCAGCAGCAACAACAACAUCAACAACAGCAGCAGCAACAUCAACAACAACUUCAACAUCAACAGCAACAGCAACAGCAACAUUUACAACAUCAACAUCAGCAACAACAACAGCAAGUARCUAAAAUGAGAGAACGAUCACCUCUUAAAGAUCCUAAUUUGAUGUCCAAAGAAGAAGAUUUAAAUAACAUGAUGUUGGGUCGUAUACCACCUCCAUCUCAUUACCUUCCUCCACCUCCAAGACAUCCUCAAAGAGCUACUCAUCUACCAACACAUUUUUCACCAUGGGAUCAAUAUAGAUAUGAUUCUUUGAGGUUUAGUCCAUUAAUAGCUGCUGCCGCCUAUAGAGCUGAAGAAGAAGAACAUAGAGCCAAACUAUUUGGUUACCAUCCUCAAGCCCAUUUAAGACCAAAAGACCCAUCUCCUAAUACUCAUCGAUCAAUGCCUCCAGAUAUGCAACUACCUAAAAAGGAAGAAUCUUCUCAAUCUAGGUAGUCCAUAACUUAAAUAGUUUUUGUAUUUGAAUAUAUUUUAUUUUUAUAGUCGAAAUAUUGACAAAAUACAUUUUAUGUUAAUUUAUUCUUAUAAUUUCUCAUUACUAUCCUUAUUAGUGUCCUUUAAAAAUAACUACCUUAUUCUGUGUAUACAUUUUUAUUUUAUAUAUAAAAUGUAAUGAACAAUUUUUACU